GAUCCCAAAAUUCCCAAAUACCGCUAUCCCAAAAUUCCCAAAACUACGGGAUCCCAAAAUUCCCAAGGUUCAUGAUCCCAACCUUCCCAAAGAUCAGGAUCCCAAAAUUCCCGAGCACUGGGAUCCCAAAAUUCCCAAGUUAUGGGAUCCCAACGUUCCCAAAGAGCAGGAUCCCAAAAUUCCCAAAUACCGGGAUCCCAAAAUUCCCAAACUGCGGGAUCCCAAAAUUCCCAAGGGGUAUCCCAAAAUUCCCGAGCUCUGGGAUCCCAAAAUUCCCCAGGAAUCAAAUCCCAACAUUCCCAAAGAUCGGGAUCCCAAAAAUUCCCAAAAUUAUGGGAUCCUAAAAUUCCCAAGGCUCAUCAUCCCAACAUUCCUAAAGAUUGGGAUCCCAAAAUUCCCAAAGAUCAGGAUCCCAAAAUUCCCAAAUACCGGGAUCACAAAAUUCCCAAGACUCGUGAUCCCAACAUUCCCAAAGAUCGGGAUCCCAAAAUUCCCAAUCCGAGUCAUCCCAACAUUCCCAA